UGCUUCGUUUUGUCUUAAGAGCACUGACCAGACUUUGGAGCUAAAGAAAGAUGCGACACUCAUCAUCGGCCGUGGAACAUUCAACCUUCCUUCAAAUCAUAUUAGUCGCAAGCAAGUCCAAAUCGUAUCUUCUGGAAGCGAUGUGACCAUCACACGACUAGGGACUAACCGCUCUAUGUUGGAUGGGGAAGUACUUCCGAAGGAUACUCCUAUCCCUAUCUGCAAAAACGCGCGAAUACCCUAUUUCUAUUGAAUUACAUCUUUCGGCGCCAUCCAGCGGCAAUAAUAUUAACGGCCACGCGGAAGACAUUGAAAAUAUUGGUAGUAUUGUGAAAAUGGAAGAAAUUAAUAUAAAAACAGAAGUAAGUGCAUCAGUACCGGAAUCGAUCAUUUCCGGUAAAGGUGUGCAGCGAGUUAUCUACAACAGUGACGAUAACAAGGAUAAGGAAUGGGAGGCGGAUGACCAUAGCAUGUCUGAGGGCACAUCGAACUCUGAGGCUGAAUCUGAGCAUCAUGGAAACGAGACACUCUUUUCUUCUAGGAGAAAAAGGCACGCUGAUAUUUCCAUCGAAUCAAGCAUCAUCUGUGAAGAUCUCUCGGACCUGGAUAGCAGUUUUGACGGUGAUAGAGGCGAUAUUUAUAACAUUAACGAAUAAACCAGCAGAUGCAGUUGCAUAAGAAAUAAAUCUCUCUCCAGGUGGUUUUAU